ACCAUCCUCUUCUAACACAAAACUGUGAUCUCAGCACCUCCCCCUCGUCUCUCCCAUUUGCGUUCUCUCCUCUUCGGCGACUCUGGCUCACUGCUACCUUCCCCGGGAACCGUCCUAUACUUUUCCACCUGAGCCGUUCCGCCGCCGCGGCGCAGCGAUCGCUCUGUCCCGCCGCCCGCUCCCGGACGCGUCAAAUCACAUCGGAUAUUCAUCCUUCCUGUCCGUACGUACCAUCGCGCUCUCUUGGUUCCUCUCGUCUCCAUGUGUAUACUGAUGGUUAUAACUAGACCCAACUGAAAAAAAAAAACAGGAUUUUUUUCUCUUGAGCAUGAGAAGGACUGCCGAAUCAUCCGCAAUCCUGCAUCAAAGAUUGGGCUACCAGCAUGACCACCGGGUACCGACACACCAGCCCAAGUUUUCCGCCAACAGAUUAAAUCACCGGGGACUUCGGAUCCCAACCGUAUAGGAGAAUCAUUUUUAGGUCUCCACAGAAUGGAGCGAGAAUGAGCAGAGCGGGCCUGUGGGAGAAGCAUGAACUGGAGGUGCAUUGAGGUCUUUUGCUUCCUGUUUCUAUGGGACCAGAUCGCAGUUCAGUCUUCCUACCAGGACCCAGCCGUUGCCGAGCAACAUGUCUCCAAGCAAUUUGAUUGGCUCAUCUCCGACCGCGGGCCUUUCCACCACUCACGGAGCUACCUCUCCUUCGUGGAAAGAUUCCGCCAAGGAUUUACAACCAGAUACAAGAUCUACAGAGAGUUUGCGCGCUGGAAGGUGAGGAACACGGCGAUGGAGAGGCGCGGCCUGAUGCGGAGUCCGGUCCCCCUGAUGCCGGAGUUCCAGCGCAGCGUGCGGUUGCUGGGGCGACGACCUUCGACCCAGCAGUUCAUCGACACCAUCAUCAAGAAGUACGGCACCCACGUCCUCAUCUCAGGCACCCUGGGAGGAGAGGAGGCUCUGACCAUGUACAUGGAUAAGAGCAAGCUGGACCGCAGGAUAGCCAACGCCACGCAGAGCGUGGAGGCCUUGCACCAGCUGGCCUCCUCGUACUUCAUCGACCGGGACGGCACCAUGAGGAAGCUGCACGAGAUCCAGAUCUCCACCAACGCUAUCAAGGUGACAGAGACUCGGACGGGACCGCUGGGGUGCAGCACCUAUGAUAACUUGGACUCUGUGAGUUCUGUUCUCCUGCAGAGCCCUGAGAGCAAGCUGCACCUGCAAGGCCUGCAGGUGAUCUUCCCAGAGUAUCUGCAGGAGAAGUUUGUGCAGUCGGCUCUCAGCUACAUCAUGUGCAACGGAGAGGGGGAGUACGUCUGCCAGGACAGCCGAUGCCUCUGUCAGUGUUCUGAGGAGUUCCCUCAAUGCAACUGUCCCCUCACUGACAUACAGAUCAUGGAGACCACGCUGCAGGGGAUGGGCGAGUCCUGGGAAACCUCCUACAAGGACUUUGAAAAUUCAGACGAGUUUAAGUCGUUCCUCAGACGGCUCCCGUCCACACACUUCCUGCCGGUGAGCAGUGUGCACCUCCUGUGGGGCAGUGACUGGGACCUGCAGUCUCGGUACCGGCUGCUGCAGAGCUCCCUGGAGACGCAGCGCGUCAAGAUGCAGCGCGCCGCCCGCAAGCUGUUCGGCCUGAGCGUCCGCUGUCACCACAACCCCAACCACCAGCUCCCCCGCGAGAGAACCGUGCUCCAGUGGCUGAACCGGGUCCAGUCCUUCCUGUACUGCAACGAGAACGGCUUCUGGGGCACCUUCCUGGAGAGCCAGCGCACGUGCGUGUGCCACACGGGCGUGGCGCUGUGCCAGCGGCCCAUCCCCUGCGUCAUCGGCGGCAACAACAGCUGCGCCAUGUGCAGCCUGGCCAACAUCUCGCUGUGCGGCUCCUGCAACAAGGGCUACAAGCUGUACCGGGGCCGCUGCGAGCCGCAGAACGUGGACUCCGAGCGCAGCGAGCAGUUCCUCAGCUUCGAGACCGACCUGGACUUCCAGGACCUGGAGCUCAAGUACCUGCUGCAGAAGAUGGACUCGCGCCUGUACGUGCACACCACCUUCAUCAGCAACGAGAUCCGCCUGGACACCUUCUUCGACCCGCGCUGGAGGAAGAGGAUGUCGCUGACGCUGAAGAGCAACAAGAACCGCAUGGACUACCUGCACAUGGCCAUCGGCCUGUCCAUGAAGAUCUGUCAGAUGCGCAACAGCAGCGUGGACCCCAUGUUCUUCGUCUACGUCAACCCCUUCAGCGGGAGCCACUCGGAGGGCUGGAGCAUGCCCUUCGGGGAGCACGGCUACCCGCGCUGGGAGAGGGUCCGUCUGCAGAACACCCAGUGCUACAACUGGACCCUGCUGCUGGGCAACCGCUGGAAGACCUUCUUCGAGACGGUGCACAUCUACCUGCGCAGCCGGGCCAAGGUGCCCACCACCCUGCGCAACGACACGGGCCAGGGCCCGGUGGACCUGUCCGACCCCAGCAAGAGGCAGAUCUACAUCAAGAUCUCGGACGUGCAGGUGUUCGGCUACAGCCUCCGCUUCAACGCCGACCUGCUGCGGAGCGCCGUCCAGCAGGUCAACCAGUCCUACACCCAGGGGACGCAGUUCUACUCCUCCUCCUCCGUCAUGCUGCUCCUCCUGGACAUCAGGGACCGGAUCAACCGCCUGGCGCCGCCCGUGGCCCCCGGGAAGCCCCAGCUGGACCUCUUCUCCUGCAUGCUGAAGCACCGGCUCAAGCUGAACAACAGCGAGAUGAUCCGCGUCAACCACGCCCUGGACAUGUACAGCACCGAGAUCCUCAAACAGUCCGACCACCUGACCACCAAACUCUGCUGAGGCCUGCCCGCAGCCACAGCCACAACCACAGCUACGGCGAUGGCCACAGCCACAACGAAAAACAACAACAAUGACUAUGACAAUGGACUAUUUCUUUUUUUCAUUUAUUUAAUUCAAAAAAAUAAUAUUUUUCCUUCUUUCUUGGUUUUUGCUUUUUUGCCUUUUUGAUGUAAAAUAACUUUGUAAAUGUAAUUAUUAAACAAAUGGAAAAAACAUGUAAAAAGAGAGAAUUUUAAUGGGAGAAAAGGACUAACUUUAAACCUUAACAAGAAGACUGUACCAUACUUGUCGAGCAUGUCUGUCCUUUCCUUUAAUGAACAUAAAGAACAAUUAAACAUUGAAUUGUGACUAAGAGGCCUUGACUUUACCCCAGCAGAACAAACAACAUCAAUACUGCCAUUCCUGAAGCUAAAGCUUUAUUCAGUCUGACUAAUACAUCAGAAUUAGAAGAGGGGCCGGUUGCAUAAACCUAUAUUUAUUUCGCUUGUAAGGCUAGUCUAAUAGAAAUUAGUCAGUUGCAUAAAAAUAUAGACGGACAAAAUACCAGACCAAAACGUAGCCGACUCAUCCCCAGGGUAACUGAAGUUAGAUGUUUCUGUCCUGUGUUAAUUAUAAGGCAGCUGAUGAAUGCAAAAGGAAUUUCUCCAUUACAAAGUGUUGAGCCUUUUAACUUUUGUCCUGUUUGUCCUGUUUUUGUUUGCAUUUUGUUGUUGUUUCCAAACCGAAACAUUGUUUCAAUUUAAAUUCUGCUUGCCUGCUUUUACUUGCUGUUACAUGUUCAACGUGCUUCUGUAUUCUGCUACUUCUACAUUUGUUUGUACUGAUCUGGAACUGAUCGUUCACAAAUGCUGGUGUGAACCCAUUUAUGUUUAUUAUCUAAUGUUAUGAAAUGGGUUCCACUUGAACACCAAUCCAUUACUUGCUUGGCCUAUUGUUUGAAGAGAAAACAAUCACUGUAUGUUAGUAGCUAAGGUUUAUAUUUUAACUAGCUAGCUGCUGUUACCAGGCCUUAUAGACACGUGCUACUUUGCUAGUUAACUGCCAAACUAUAGCACUAUCUAUAGCUUUUCGUUUUUUUGAAGGAAAGGACAGUAAUCAGAUUAGGUGGUAAAAAUAGAAUUUCUGGUCAAUAUGACUGGAGCUUAAAUCAUUGGGUAGUUCACUUAAUUUUGCUAACAUUUGCUAACUACCUGCAGCCGUAAUAUAGGGCAUGUCAUUGUAGCUGCAGCAAGCGGAGUACGUGUGCUGUGAAGAGCCAGUGUCUCGCCACACUCUUCUGUCAAAUGUUCCAUCAAAUACCUCAUAUGAUAGAAGAGGAAUGCCAUGUUAAAAUGGCUUUCUCCAAAUGUCAUUUUUUAAAUAAAGAUGCUCACUUUAAAUUAAAUAUCUUCCACAUGUCUUUAUUUCUUCCGUUUUUACCAAUAAUUCAAAGGUCAAGUUCAAAUUCAGUUUCAUGAAACAGGUUUAUGAAAGCCCGGAGUGAGAUUGUAGACUAAACUAAGUCUGACUUCAAUAAGUCAUGGAAUUUACACUGUUUAUGCAACCUACCCCAGUUAAUAACUCUUGUGAAAAGAGUGCAGGUUAUUAAUUCAAAUAUUGCAACAAGGUAGGGGUGUAAAAGUUGUAAAGUGAAAAACAAUGAAUUAAAGGUUCAUAUAUCAUUA